GCGUCUGUGCAUAGACUUUGUAUGUAAUCUACUCGCGCGAAUAAUCCGCACCGCGUUUGGUGUGAACGCACCAUUAGAUGCUGUUUAAGUCCGUCAGACUUGCUACCUCUAGCACCCAUAAUGUUUCCCUCCACAAGACCAAAUAUCUUAACAGAAUACCAUCAUACAGAUCAGUGGUUCCCAAUGUUUUGGGCUUGCGGCCACUUUAAUUAAGGCAAUUUACAAACCCUUGUCCGUUGUAAAUGUGACAAAUUUAACCAAGGAGUUAAUGUCCUUUUGUUUAUUUUGAUCAUGUUUAAGGGUUCAAAGAAGUGCCAUUAUUAAGCGAUUCAUUAGAGUACAGCAAAGAUUGGAGGAAAAUCUGAAAAAUUAAGUGUAACUUUGAGUAUUUCCUCAUUCGGUAAUUAUCUCACGGCCCCUCCUACUUCAUCAUCAUGUGACUAAUUGGGGACCCAACCCCUCAGGUUGGAAACUGCUUAUCACUGGAAAGCCACUUUCUCCCUUGAAUGUUUCCAUAUUGUGAUUCCUAACAAAAUAUCUACAUACAUUAUAGUAUGCCAUUUGAAUCUAGUUCAUAAGAAGCUAUAUAGGUGGAGGGUGUGUGUUUUUAUGCAUUGUACAUUUUUUUCUGAUUAUACCUGAUGAAAUGUAUAUUAAAGAAUAAUUGCAAAUGUGUUUUGUGGACUAUUAUUGAUUUCUUUUUUACAAUGCGCAUGCGCGAAGCUAUAUUCGCGGUUCAGCACAGAGACUGUUUGAUUGGCUGCCCUGUUGCGUGGAUUCUAUUGGACAGGAGCUAAAUGAACAACACGGAAUCUGAUUGGUCAUCACUGCGCUGGAUCUGUCGACUGUACAAUGGGUGUGCCUGUUACUACGUUCGAGAUUAUGGAAUAUGUGAAAUAGGCGACAUUUUGGUUCCGUAAAGGUUGGCUGUCUUCUGCUAUUAAACACUGCAAAGUACCGAGGACGGGAAGCCUUUAACGAGGGAGUUUCUACGUAGACGUGCCGCGCAAUGGCGUCGCUGACGGUGCGGAUGGCGUAUUCAAAGUUGUCCUACGUAUGACGGCUUUCUUUCCUUUUUUUCUGUGGCAGUAGUAGUAAGGAGCGUAGCAUAAACACGGCGUCCACAUGUCACGAUAAAGUAUGGACGGGUGGAGCCCAAUCGUUGCGACAGCCUCGGAUAAUGACCGCUCCAGCUCCGAGGGGGAGUACAUGGUGGAGCCCGGACCUGAAGAUGAAACCCGGGAGGAGGAGGUGGGCAGGGAGCAGCGGGGUAACGUAAACCCGGAGAGGAUGGACCCCGGGGGUACCGCCGCUGUCGGGUUUGGGAUAAGUGGGACCGGAGAGGGCAAAGUGGUGUUGGGUCGAGUGGGACCGAGGGACGAGAAAGAGCUCCGGUACCUGCACUUGUUGUGGGAGCCCGGACGAGCCGAGCUCGGCGGCGGUGGUGUGGCAAGCAAGAUGGGGAAGGUGACGGGGAGGAGGGCCAGGCGGCCGCACAGAGUGGUCCGGAACCUCGGCCCUAUGGGGAAAGACAUCUACGCUGCGAAAAGGCUGAGGGAAGCUGCGAACAGCAAUGACAGCGACACAGGUAUGGACGGUGAGGUGGAUUGCAGUAGAAAAAAAAAAAAGCCUCGCAGGUGGUGUAAGGUAAAAGGUAAUCACAGUUGUGUUCUUCCAGUUCGAAAGCUCCUGCAAGAUGAUACAGACCCGUGUGCAGCAGAUGACAAGGGAAGGACGGCCCUCCAUUUCUCUUCCUGCAAUGGCAAUGAGAGCAUUGUGCAAUUGUUGCUGAGCCACGGCGCUGACCCCAACCAGCGAGACAGCCUGGGAAAUACCCCCCUCCAUCUGGCGGCCUGUACCAACCAUGUGCCUGUAAUCACCACAUUGCUGAGAGGAGGAGCCCGUGUGGACGCCCUGGACCGAGCAGGCAGGACCCCUCUGCAUCUAGCACGCUCCAAGCUCAAUAUUCUGCAGGAGGGAGAUUCACGCAGCUUAGAAACCCUGAGAGGGGAAGUCACACAGAUCAUUCAAAUGCUGAGGGAAUACCUGAACUUAAUGGGCCAGAGUGAAGCUAAAGAGAGGCUGGAGCACAUUUCCACACAGCUGCAGCACACACGCACCAAAGAGCAGGUGGAUGAGGUGACUGAUUUAUUGGCCAGUUUUACAUCACUCAGUCUACAGAAACAGAAUUUGGGGGAUAGGUAAAAGAAAAAGUGUAUAGAGAGCUGAAUUCUUGCUGGGUUCCAAGAAAGCCUCUGCUGCAGUAGCCUUAACCAGACAAGCACAUUGCUGUAAACAAAAUAUUUGUUUACAGCAUUACUCUACAGGACCGUGACAAUUCAAACAAGAUAACACAAAGAUUCUUUUGAAAUAUUCUCAUCUGGGUUAAAAUGAAAAGAUGCUCAAAUACUAAUGCCCAGUACUUCAAGUUAAUGGAUAUCUAUUUAUAGACAGAAAAGAGUAUCACAUGUUAGCUUUUCAGAAAAAAAAAGGUUAAAAGAAACCCCUUAGGGAAAUAUACAUUGAGAACAGGAAACUAGUGGAACAGAAGCCAACCCAGAAGUGCAGCGGGAUCUUCGCUCUCUAUCGUGUGUGUGUGUGUGUGUGUGUGUGUGUGUGUGUGUGUGUGUGUGUGUGUGUGUGUGUGUGUGUGUGUGUGUGUGUGUGUGUGUGAGUAAAAGAGUCACGGCUGUGUCUAUGUACUCACUUGUUCUCUUUUUGCCUGCCAUUA